AUGACCGAUCACAUAGUAGAUGGAUGCGGUGACCAUGUCACGGCUCUGGAUACCGAACCACCGGCUAUUGAACCGCUCCUGGACGACGGCGAAAACGUUCUGCAAGGAGUUGAGGAAUAUUUCUACGAGUUGUUGAUUGACAUGGAUAUGAUCAGCAGAAUUCGACGAACGAAUCCGACGCAGAUCCAAGCAGGCCAGAUGGUACUUUCGCGAGAGAUACUGCGAGUUUGGGAUCUAAUGUAUAGUCAUCGCUUCCUUCAGUUACAUCCAGAUGAAAAUAGGAUGCAGAGUGAGGAGAGACAUUAG